AAAACACACACACACACACUGACACUGACGUGGUGCCAGACUGACUGCACUGGGGAUUUUGUAAAAGUCCCUGAAUAAUGAAACAGCCCUCGGAGCGCUGCGUUGUGUCCGCGGAGAGCUCUGCGUCACGAGCGCACCCGUCUGCGUAAAACAGCCUGUUUUUAUUUUCCUCCAAAACGGCUCCGGUGUUUGUGUGUGCGCGCGAGCUCGACUAUUAUUGUUUACAUCCGCCAUGCAGGAGUCGGAUGAACGGAAUGGGGCGGCGACGGCGGACGUGCAGGUCGACGAACAACCGAACGCGCUGAUCGCGUGUAAAGUCUCUGAAGAGGUGUUCAAUGACACGCGCGUGAAGGACCAAUUCGAGACACUGUUCCACCAGUUUGAUGUGGGAGUAUAUUUCCAGUUCUUCAAAAGCUUUCGGCGUGUACGCAUUAACUUCACCAACGCUGUGGCUGCAGCUCAGGCAAGAGUGAAGCUUCAUAAGAGUGAUUUCAAUGGGAAAGAGAUGCGCCUCUACUUCGCCCAGUCUGUGCAUAUUGGCAGUCCUCGACUAGAGCCUCCAAAACCAGAAAAGCAGUUCCUAAUUUCUCCUCCAGCCUCUCCUCCAGUGGGUUGGGCGCAGUCUCAAGAUGCUACGCCCAUCAUUAAUUAUGACCUACUGUGUGCUGUCUCCAAACUUGGUCCAGGUGAGCAGUACGAGUUGCACACCGGAACCACCACGACUCCCAGUGUGAUCGUUCAUGUUUGUGAAGACGACAGCUCAGGUGGUGAAGAUGAACCAGAGGGAGGAUCACGAGCGCGCCCCAAAAUCAUUCAGACUCGGCGCCCAGAUUAUUCUCCCUCUGUCAAGAAGUGAAUUUACUGUACUGACCGGUCUGGCAAACGAGUAAUCAAACUGGUAACCCAGACUUACCUUUCACAUUACCACAGAGGCAGCAAAUACUGAAAUGGAAAAUCAAUCCCAUCUUUAGUAUCGCAUAUAAUUCUGAUGUUAAUAUGGUUAAUUAAAGUAGAACAAGAUAUUUAAAAGUGCAUUUAUGCACUUUUAGUGCGUUCAUUUUAUUAGAAUUAACAUAAGGCACUUCUCCUUAGCAUUACAUGCAUUACAGAGAAAGUGGCAAUUUGAGGGCACUAGCCCGUGUGUGUGUGUUUUUUUUUUUUUUUUUGUUUGUUUUUAGAUACCUUUGUAUGUUUGUGUAAAAGUCCACUUUGCACUGUUGAGGGCCACCGAUGUCGACCAAAUCCUUGUCAUUAUGUCGUAGCGUGGUGUCUGUCUAUGUUGAUUCUAGUAUUGUGCAAAAUUGUAAUUAAUGUUGCUGCAGUUUUCAAAAAUUCUUGGAUUAUUAUGCACUUCGGGCCGUAUUCAGAGUUAAGUGUGUGUAGGUAUGAGUUACUACUGAAACUGCAGCUAAUAAUGAUCUAAUAAUGUUUGUCUGCCAUACGUUCCCAACAAAAACAUAAGUCUUUUUAAAUAGGUUUUUUAUAGGAGUAUCGCGCGUCUCUGUAAUGCAGGGGGUCCAAACCGUCCUUAUUGGGGAGAUCAAAUCAAAAUAUCUCAAGGGCUGGUCACAAAAAUAUUAAUUAUGCAAAAAAGUGCUAAAUAUUUAUCAUGUAUAUGAAAAUGUAUAAAAUGUAUAUGAAAAUAUGUACAGUCCCAGGAAAAAGUAUUUUACCCCUUUUGUCACACUUUAAUGAUUCAGAUCAAACUAAUUGUAAUAUUGCACAAAGAAAGCCUGAGUAAAUAUUAAUGCAGUUUUUAAAUGAUUAUUUCAUUUAUUAAGGAAAUAUGAAAAAAGUAAUUGUGGUUAUGCCAGCCUUGGAGGUGUUUUGUUGAAGUGUUUGGUUCAUUUUAAUCUGCGCUGUGUAAGGUUUUAUAAACUGCUAUUUUAUUCUCCUUUUUUUUGUGUGUGUUUUUGCAAAUGUAAUGUGUUUUGUCUCUUUUAUCAAAAAGUGGCCACUUUAUUUCUCUCCCAGCAUCAGCUUCCCCCUUUCAGUCACUUUCUAUCCCCCUUCUUUCUGGCUUAAACAAAAGCACACGUCUUUAAAUGUGGUAACUCCAGACCGAACCGUCCUAAGAGCUUCACGCAAAUUGAAAUCAAAUUGAUUGUUAAUAAAAGGAACUCGAGUCAUCUCUGAAUGCGGCCCUUGAAAAAGAUCGCCUUAUUACUGUACGUGCUACACGUUCGACAUGCCUUGAGUGUUGUUUCAUCUGUUACAUAAAUUGAUCUGAUGUGAUCUGUUGUGUUCUGUUGUCUGUGAAAAUUAGUCUAAGCCACUGUCAGAGGAUAAAGAAAGUAAAAACUUUAA